AGAAACGGCGCACAGAGCGCAGCGCGGCGCCGCACCACCGCCUCUGCGUCAACCAUCCUCACAGUCAACAUCAGCCCUCGCAGCAUCCGCAUCCCACGGCCAGCGAGACCACGAGCACAUCUUCAUCCGAGCAUCCAUUCCACAACUGCUCCCCGACGCCAGGCGCGUUCAUCUACCGCUUGCUGUUUUUUUCUUUUUUUAUUCAUUCCAUUUAUUUUAUUUUGGGAUCGGAUCGGAUUAUUGUCCUUGUCUCAUUCAUAUGCUUCGAGAUGCUUUAGUGUUUGAAUCGCACCCUGAAAGGAAAUCCAAGCUCGAGAAGCAGAAUAUCACCUUUGCAUUGUACUUAUUUCUUCAUUGAGCUCCAGAUCUGCAGUGGCCCUCCUGAGGUUGGGGCAGAGAGCUAAAUAGCAGCAGUCCCAACAUCUACUGAGGUGAUUUUAAUCCCCAGAGGGAGCUCUUCAUCGGACAACCUGCUUGGUCGCUUUAGAUGCCCAACGGCCUCCAAGAAGCGCUGAGGCUUUGAGACCAUUUGGAUCUUCUCCCCAGCAGGCACCCUUCUUACCCAUUGCGGCUAAAGCUCCCCGGCAGUCGCCAUGGGAACCGUGCUGUCACUGUCACCCAGUUACCGAAAGGCAGCUCUCUUUGAGGAUGGACCUGCCACUGUGGGCCACUACACGGCCGUGCAGAAUAGCAAGAAUGCCAAAGACAAGAACUUGAAGCGGCACUCGCUCAUCAACGUGCUUCCAUGGAAGCGGAUUGUAGCUGUGUCGGCCAAGAAAAAAAGCUCCAAGAAGGUGCAGCCCAAUGGCACCUACCAGAACAAUGUAACUCAGCUGAACAAUGAGAACCUGAAGAAGUCGCAGUCCUGCGCCAACCUGUCCACCUUCACCCAGGAUCAGAGCACCCCUGCUCAAAACAAGAGCUCCAACAAUACCACUUCCUCGGUCAAGAAGGCCCCUCUGGCCAACUCUAAUGCAGCCUCUGGAACACCUAAGAGAGUGAUUGUCCAGGCCUCCACCAGUGAGCUUCUGCGCUGUCUGGGAGAGUUUCUGUGCCGGCGUUGCUACCGCCUGAAGCACCUUUCACCCACUGACCCAGUGCUGUGGUUGCGCAGUGUGGACCGUUCCCUGCUUCUGCAAGGCUGGCAGGACCAGGGUUUUAUCACUCCGGCCAACGUGGUCUUUGUCUACAUGCUGUGCCGUGACGUGGUCUCCUCUGAAGUCGCCACGGAGCACGAGCUGCAGGCCGUGCUGCUCACCUGCCUCUACCUGUCUUACUCCUACAUGGGCAAUGAGAUCUCCUACCCACUCAAGCCCUUCCUGGUGGAGAGCUCCAAGGAGGCAUUUUGGGACCGCUGCCUCUCCAUCAUCAACCUGAUGAGCGCCAAAAUGCUCCAGAUCAACUCAGACCCCCACUAUUUCACUCAGGUGUUUGCUGACCUGAAGAACGAGAGCCAGAAGGAGGAGGAGAGGAGCCGCCUGCUCAUUGGCCUGGACCGGUGAGGGGAUG